UUGGCUGUAACGAUUAUGCUGAUAAACAUGUUUUGCAUAUAUUGACAAUUUGUAUAAAAUGAGAGAGACGUCUAUGAGAGUGUUCAGUAUUUUAUUUUAACGAAUAACACAACGAUCAUGCAGGACGAAUUGAAGUAUUUGUCAGGAUUUGGCUGUGAAUUUUCAAGCGAGGAUGAACGUUGUCCUGGAUCUUUACCUAUCGGCCAAAACAAUCCGCAAAAAUGUUCUUAUGGACUUUAUGCCGAACAGCUCUCUGGUACAGCUUUUACAGCACCACGUUCUCAGAACAAAAGAUCCUGGCUCUAUAGAAUCAGACCUUCCGUCGUUCACAAACCUUAUCAAAAAUUAAUGGAAAAAGAUAUUGGCCAUAUCGAUUACGAUUGGAACAUUAUGGAACCUAAUUUAAAUCAGCUGAGAUGGAAACCAUUUGACAUUCCAACAAGACAAAAUUCUGAGAUUGACUUCGUUCAAGGAUUACAUACGAUAUGCGGUGCUGGCGAUUCUCAUAUUCGUCAAGGAAUUGCCAUACACGUUUAUCUUUGUAAUGUAUCGAUGAAAGAUAAAGCUUUUUAUAACGCCGAUGGAGAUUUUUUAAUCGUACCACAGUUAGGUGUCCUGUUGAUAACCACUGAAUUUGGUAAAAUCCGAUGCGAGCCCAAUGAAAUAUGUGUUAUCCAACAAGGAAUGCGUUUCUCUAUAACGGUUCUUGGUCCAUCCAGAGGUUACAUACUUGAGGUCUUUGAUAAUCACUUCCAACUUCCCGAUUUAGGACCAAUCGGUGCCAAUGGUUUAGCGAAUUCGAGAGAUUUUCAAACGCCAAUUGCUUGUUACGAAGAUCGCGAGACAGAUUACAAAAUAAUCGGCAAAUUUCAAGGUAAAUUAUUUGUUUGCGUUCAGGAUCACAGUCCAUUUGACGUUAUAGCCUGGCAUGGGAAUUAUGUACCAUAUAAAUACAAUCUUGAAAGAUUUAUGGUCAUCAAUUCGGUUUCAUUCGAUCACUGUGAUCCAUCGAUUUUCACCGUACUCACUUGUCCUUCGUAUAAACCUGGCACUGCAGCGGCUGACUUUGUUAUUUUUCCACCGAGGUGGUCGGUACAGGAACACACCUUUCGACCUCCUUACUAUCAUCGUAAUUGUAUGACCGAAUUCAUGGGACUAAUAAAAGGGAGGUACGAAGCAAAGGAGGAAAGUUUCGAAGCUGGUGGUGCAACGUUGCACUCGAUCAUGACACCUCAUGGUCCUGAUACCAGAUGCUACGAAAGUGCAACUAACGAUAAACUUAGACCGGAACGUAUUGCCGAUGGUACUCAGGCAUUUAUGUUUGAAACUUCGUAUAGUUUGACUUGCACAAAAUGGUCCGCUAAAUUAUGUAAUAAAUUGGACGAAGAUUAUUACAAGUGUUGGGAAGGAUUGAAAAAACAUUUCAAUCUUAACAAUCAAUCUUAACGAUCUGGUUGAUCUUACAAUUCUUAUCUUUUUCUUCUUAUCUUGUUUUUUUUUUCUUUUUUUUUUUCUUUUUUUUUUUAUCGUUCCUCUUUCUCUUUUUGUUUUGUUAUUUCUUUCUCUUAAAAAAGAAAUAUUAAUAAAUUAAAUUUUAAUUUGAAUUAGUAGGCUUAAUUAAUACAAUUAAAAUACUAAUUGAUAUUAACUAGUUUGCGUGAAUAAAAUACAAUUAUUUGACAUACAUAUAUAAAAGCCGUAAAAAAUUAGAAAUAAGAAUGAGAUUAAACCUGUUUAGAAUUUAACGAGAUGUUUAUACACUGAUUAGGAAUUAAAAUCGAAUGAUGUAGGAUUUAGUUCAACUCAAGGAUAAAUUUAUUAUCGAACAGGUUUGUUCUGAUUAUAUUCAUACUUAUGACUACUACGUAGAUAUGUAUACGUUUAUAAUACUAUUGCAAAAAUUAAUUUCUUUCUUUUUUCUUUUUUUUUUUUUUUUUCUUUUUCUCCAAUUAGAAACUCAUGGAAUAUUUGUGAGGCAAUUGAUAUGAAAAUUAAUAACUAUUAUUAUUGUUAAUAAUGAAAUAUAGAGCGUUUUCUUUUAAUUAAAAUGUUAAUUAAAAGACGAAAAUUUAUUAUUAACAUUUAAAUUUUUCCCGCGUUACAUUCAUCAGCGCUCUUUUUAGUUACCUCGACGUCCGCCAGAGUGUGUUUCUUUUCAGAAGGAAAAGAAAAGAAAAGAAAAAAAAAAAAAAAAAAGAAAAAGAAAAUGCAUCUAGUACAUUGAGAGUGUUUAUGGGUCGCGUCGUUUAUUGGUCUAUUGUUUUGAUUUUUAUAAGAUAAUGUAAGUUAUAUAGAUUGAUUGAGUCAAUUAAAUAAUUGAUAAUUUCACUCGAUACAAAGGAACAUAUUAAUAUAACAAAUAUGUUAGAAUUAGAAGGGCUUCUAAUAUUAGAAGCUUUACGUUAAAAUCGUGUAUACUAUUUUAACCUGACAAUGUACAACGCAUUUAAAUUGCUCACAAUUGUAUUGUAUUAUUCGACACAAUAUGUGAACGCUCAAUACUGUUAUCCAAAUUAUUGUCAAAAUGUUGUAAGUAAUACAUUAUCUUUCCUUUUUAUUAUUAUAUUUUUUUAUCAAUAAAACACACAGUCAUAUACAUAUA